CUGACCACAUAUUUUGCAGUGUCCUCUUUUCAAGAAAAUUGGAUUAGGUCCUUUUUAAUUUCUAUGUACCUAUUUACUAGUAAUUCCAGAGUCUUUAAACUUGUAAUGUGAAUGAUCUCUUAAAAUUUAUGUUUGACAUACCAACACCAACUUUUAAAGGGAUUUCAAUUGUAAAAAGAACAACCUUGGUAUUACUUGAAUUGCUCAUAUUCGAUCACAGUAUCAUAAACUGUUUAAACUUCAUGUAUGGUUUUAUUUUCUAGAAAGGAAAUAUAUGAAAUUUUUCAUGACGGACAAAAAUUUGGCGCUAAAGAAGUUACAAGACAUGAAACUGGUGGAAAUGUAGUUAUGAACUGCUGUGUAUUUAAUGACAAAAAAAAUUCCUAUUUGGUAGCUGGUCAAGAAAGUCACUGUCAAUUAUAUAAAGUUAACACAAAAUUAGUAGAACAAGUUAAAGUGGAGAACAUUGGAAAUGAUAUACAUAUUAAACAAAGAAAUACAAAUUUAAAACCUAAAGAACAAGUAGAUAAUAAUAAAAAUGUUAAAAAAGAAUUAUACUAUACUCUUAAUCCUAUGGACAGUGUACAGACAGAUUUUAAUGGUUCUGAACCAUUAUCUAGAGUAGUUAGAAUUAAUUAUGAUGGAAAAGUAUUAGCAACUGGAGGCACUGAUGGCGAUGUAAGACUGUGGAAGUUUCCCAGUUUACAACCCCUCUUCAUUCUAAAAGGCCAUAAGAAAGAAAUAGAUGAUGUAGACUUUAGUAGACAUGACAAUUAUGUUAUUUCAAUUGCUAAAGAUGGUUUAGGAAUAUUGUGGGAUUGUAAAACGGGAAAUGAAAGAUCAAAACUGACAUGGAAACAUCCAGAAGGAUCAAAGUAUCUGUAUAAAAGAUGUAGGUUUGGUGUUAUUGAAGAACAAAAAAAUAAAUCAGCAUUAUAUAUGAUUGCUAACGCAGUCAAUCCUAAACACAAGUCUUUCCUUCAACAAUGGAUACCUGAGGAGAAUGACUUGAAAAAAUAUUCAGAAUUUGAUGAAACUCUUGCAACCUUGGCAGUGCGAGAUGAUGGCAGAUUUGUUGCAGUUGGUACCAUGUUUAGUGGAUCUAUUUCUAUCCAUGUUGCCUUUAGUUUACAGAAAAUAUUAACUGUUGCUGGUGCUCAUUCCAUGUUUGUGACUGGUCUUGAAUUCCUAUCGAGUAUAAAUACGAAUCAUUCCAUAAGUAGCGUAGCGGAGGCUGCCGUACUAUCAAUUUCUGUAGAUAAUCGAUUGUGCAUACACACAGUGCCGUACAGACGGACUAUACCACUGUGGAUUGGAAUUAUGUUAUUAGUUCUUACAUUAUUUCUUACUUUUCUGUUAUGUGCAUACCUAGGUUUGUGAUAUUAAUUUAUUAUAAAAAUAAAUUUAAAGUUGACUUUUUUAUAUAA